UGCGCCCAGAGUGUCCGGAUGGCGAGUGGCAACAGGAAGGUCACCAUCCAGCUGGUGGACGACGGGGCCGCGGCUGGAGCUGGGGGCCCACAGCUCUUUAAGGGUCAGAACUACGAAGCCAUCCGAGCAGCUUGCCUGGAUUCCGGGAUCCUGUUUCGUGACCCUUGCUUCCCUGCUGGUCCUGAUGCCCUUGGCUAUGACAAGCUGGGACCUGACUCAGAGAAGGCCAAAGGGGUGGAAUGGAAGAGGCCCCAUGAGUUUUGUGCUGAGCCCCAGUUCAUCUGUGAAGACAUGAGUAGAACAGAUGUGUGCCAGGGCAGCUUGGGAAACUGCUGGCUUCUAGCAGCGGCUGCCUCUCUCACGCUGUAUCCCAGACUCCUGUACCGGGUGGUCCCCCCUGGGCAAGGCUUCCAAGAUGGCUAUGCCGGGGUUUUCCACUUUCAGCUCUGGCAGUUUGGCCGCUGGGUGGAUGUGGUGGUGGACGACAAACUGCCUGUGCGUGACGGGAAGCUGCUCUUCGUGCGCUCCGAACAAAGGAACGAGUUCUGGGCCCCUUUACUGGAAAAGGCCUAUGCCAAGCUCCACGGCUCCUAUGAGGUAAUGCGAGGAGGUCACAUGAACGAAGCUUUUGUGGACUUUACAGGAGGCGUGGGCGAGGUCCUCUACUUGAGACAAAACACCCCAGGUGUCUUUGCCGCCCUUCGCCAUGCCCUGGCCAAGGAGUCCCUUGUGGGUGCCACUGCCCUGAGUGAUCGGGGUGAGAUCCGCACAGAUGAAGGGCUUGUGAAAGGACAUGCUUAUUCUGUCACAGGCACACACAAGAUGUCUCUGGGCUUCACCAAGGUGCGGCUGCUGCGGCUGAGGAACCCCUGGGGCCGCGUGGAGUGGUCCGGGCCCUGGAGUGACAGCUGCCCACGCUGGGACAUGCUCCCCUCUGAGUGGAGAGAUGCGCUGCUUGUGAAAAAGGAGGAUGGCGAGUUCUGGAUGGAGCUUCAGGACUUCCUUAUGCACUUCAACACGGUCCAGAUUUGUUCACUGAGCCCUGAGGUGUUGGGCCCCAGUCCUGCUGGUGGCGGCUGGCACAUCCACACCUUCCAGGGCCGCUGGGUGCGAGGCUUCAACUCUGGUGGGAGUCAGCCCAGCGCUGAAAACUUUUGGACCAAUCCCCAGUUCCGGCUGACACUGCUGGAGCCGGAUGAGGAAGAGGAUGAAGAUGAUGAAGAGGGACCCUGGGCAGGCUGGGGAGCUGCAGGGGCACGCCCAGCGAGAGGAGGCCGAGUCCCCAAGUGCACGGUCCUACUGUCACUCAUCCAACGCAACCGCCGGUGUCUGAGAGCCAAGGGCCUCACCUACCUCACUGUGGGCUUCCACGUGUUUCAGAUCCCGGAGGAGCUGCUGGGCCUCUGGGACUCUCCGCGCAGCCGCGCGCUGUUACCGGGACUGCUGCGCGCCGACCGCUCGGUUUUCUGCGCCCGCCGCGACGUGAGCCGACGCUGCCGCCUGCCUCCCGGCCACUACCUGGUGGUGCCCAGCGCCUCGCGCGUGGGCGAUGAAGCGGACUUCACGCUGCGCAUCUUCUCGGAGCGCAGCCACACCGCAGUGGAGAUCGAUGACGUGAUCAGCGCGGACCUGGACGCCCUCCAGGCCCCCUACAAGCCUCUGGAGCUGGAGUUGGCACAGCUAUUUUUGGAACUGGCUGGAGAGGAGGAGGAGCUCAAUGCUCUCCAGCUGCAGACCUUAAUAAGCAUUGCUCUGGAGCCUGCUAGGAACAACACCAGGACCUCUGGAGAGAUUGGGCUUAGGACCUGCGAACAGCUUGUUCAGUGUUUUGGGCGUGGGCAAAGAUUGGCCCUAUACCACUUCCAGGAACUCUGGGGCCAUCUCCUGUCAUGGCAGGCCACAUUUGACAAGUUCGAUGAAGACACCUCUGGGACAAUGAACUCCUGUGAACUGAGGCUGGCACUGACUGCUGCAGGCUUCCACCUGAACAACCAGCUGACCCAGGCUCUCACCAGCCGCUACCGGGACAGCCGGCUCCGCGUGGACUUCGAGCACUUUGUGUGCUGUGCGGCCCGGCUCACCUGCAUCUUCCGCCACUGCUGCCAACACCUAGAUGGCGGCGAGGGGGUCGUCUGCCUGACCCACAAACAGUGGUCGGAGGUGGCCACCUUCUCAUAGGCUUGAAGCUGAGGGAGGCCGCCCUGCUGCCCUGCUUGGUGCCGGUGAUGGAAGACGAACAUGG